AUGCCGCCCAAAAGCAAAUCCUCCAAGAACCCCGGACCGGCUCCGGAGGGCUUUACGCCCGAGAGGUUUGAAAAGGAGCUCCAAAGCCUCGCAACAAAAGCCCAAGAGCAGACAUGGGCCAAGGAAAGCACCGAACGCGUAGUGCGCUAUCUCGUUCCCUUCCUCCUCCUCACCCUCCUCGGAAUCAGCUCCACCGCAUCCCAGCAGGCUCUAUCUCCCGUCUUCGGCUCGCUCCCCGCGGCCGUUUGGAAUUCCAAGUUGACAGCCGCGGCGUGUUUUGUGGGAUGGGCCGGGAACGUGUUCAUUGAGCGAGCGUUGCCCGUGGGUCCUGCCAAGCUGAUCCCCGUGUUUGCCAUCUACGCGCCAACUGUGCAGUUCUUUUUGAGCCAGUUCAGCGGGUUUUUGACGGCGAGAUGGGGUCCUCUGGUCAUUGAAUCGCUCACGUUGUUUCCCGUUACGGUGCUCACGGCCUCUUGCGUGGCGGGCUUGCUGGAGGGAAUGAGUUUGAAGCCGUUGCCCAAGUUCCUCGGGGACUCGGCUCCCGGUCUCGUCUCGCUUUUGUACUUCAAGUUCAUCGAGAAUCUGUCGUUAAGGUUGUUCCUGCACUAUGUCGGCCGGUCCAUCUUCCUGACCAGAAUUGGUCUGGAAAUGAUCCUAGCAGCCAUCUAUACCGUGCUGGCGCCCUCCAGACUCAUCCUCCUCACCAUCCCGGCCAUCAUCCACACCACCUUCUUCAAUUACCACCUCCCCACGCCCACGGCUACGACGGCCCUGCAGGCAAAGCUGGAAGCCGACAACUGGCUGCUCCUGGACCGCAAGGAGUCGCUCACCGGGUACAUCUCGGUGCUUGAGAGCGUCGACCACGGAUAUAGGGUCUUACGAUGUGAUCAUAGCCUUCUUGGAGGGGAAUGGGUCAAGUUUGCGGGCCCUGUUGUGGCUGAGCCGAUUUAUAGCGUGUUUGUUAUGCUGGAGGCUGUUAGGCUUGUGGAGGUGCCGGAGCCUAUUGAGGAUAGCCAGGCGAAAGCUCUUGUAAUCGGGCUCGGUAUUGGCACGACGCCGGCCGCCCUCAUCGCUCACGGCAUCGACACCACCAUUGUCGAAAUUGACCCCGUGGUGCACGAGUUCGCGGGCAAGUACUUCCAGCUGCCGGAGAAGCAUACCGCCGUCAUCGAUGAUGCCGUCAGCUACACGCAGAAGCUGGCCAAGGAGUCGACGGAACAGUUUGAUUACAUUGUUCACGACGUCUUUACUGGCGGUGCUGAACCGUUGCCUCUUUUCACGCUCGAGUUCCUUGAGGGGCUUCAUGCUCUUUUGAAGCCCGGCGGUGUUAUUGCCAUUAACUACGCCGGAGACUUCCUCCUUCCGGCCCCCAAAAUGGUCAUGCAAACCAUCCGCCACGUCUUCCCAUCCUGCCGCGUCUUCCGCGAGUCGGAAAAGCCGUCGGCCGAAGAGAUGGAAGAGUCCGGCCAGGACUUUAUCAACGCCGUCAUCUUCUGCAGGAAGAGCGCCAGCGACCCCGUGGCGUUCAGGGAGCCCGUGGCGGGGGAUUUCCUGAGGAGCAGGUCUCGCGAGAUGUUCCUUGUGCCGAAGCACGAGGUAGACCUGUCCGAGUUUACUACGGCUGGGGAUGAGGGUGUGGGCUUGCUGAUGGCGAAUGGCACGCAGGAGUUGGCGGGGGAGCAGGAGAAGAGUGCUGUUGGGCAUUGGGAUGUUAUGAGAAUUGUGUUGCCUGCGAAGGUAUGGGAGAUGUGGUGA